AUGAAUACACAAAUGGCACUCAAAAGAAUCAUACGAAAACCAUUAGUUUACUUGCUAACAGCAACCCUUGUUGCACUCCUGUUAUUCCAGAUAUUCUUACUCUUCAAAAACAAUGACCAAGCUAGACUCAACAAAAACGAGGUACUCAUCCCCAAAGACUUGUUCAAAAAUGAAAAAGACCUAACUCAAUUUGUUAAACAGAACGAGGAUUUCUUGAGAUACCAUCUACUGGGAUCGACCGAAUUUAACCAGGCUGUGGACAUUGACCCUGGUAAGGAGCUUCACAAACUCAAAUACACGAAGUAUGAUUUUACUACAUACACCUUGACAGAAAACAUAAACUUAAACCUUGAGCAGUGUAACCGGUUACAAUUGAAUUCACUGGUAAUGAUUAGCAAAGCGGUGAAUAUGAAGACCCCCUUGCGAGAAGUUUUACAGAAUGUCCUUAACGACAUUGAAUCCGGGGAAAGCGCCUACUUAGCUGGUUUGAAAAAAAUCAUACUUCCAGAGUUAAGAUUACAAUUGGAUCUAAAUGUGGUGGAUAAGUUUUGGUUUCGUUUAGCUGGGAGCUCUGUCUGGUUGAAGGAUUAUGGAGUUCACUAUAUGGUGUCUCGAAUAAUGUACAGCCCAAAGGGAACAAGAAAUUCACCAAUACUCUCGUUAUCCUAUGCUCAAUUGUAUGACGAGAACUGGAAUGAGUUGGUGGGUACUCGAUUAUUGCUUCCAAAGGCACACAAUUCUCCAACUGGUGAGCGACACAUUCUAAACUUUCCGCAAAUUGUUCCCAUCCCAUUUUGGCAAGACCCUGAAAUCAAUGAAGACCAAUACUAUGGCCCCGAGGAUCCUCGAUUAAUCUUGAUUAAAAACGAGGGAGGAUACGACGAACCUUUGAUUUUGUAUAACUCCUAUAAUUGCAAGAUGGACACGUAUGAUGAUGAUGAGGAUGAAAAGUUGGUCACCACACAGAGAUGUUAUCGUGCGAUGUCGAUUUGUUGGCCAUGGCAAUUUGAUGAACAAAAAAAUAGCAAAAGAGUUGAGCUUAAACUUGAGAAUUAUAGAUUAAGAACACAAAAAAAUUGGACGCCCUUCACUAGCCCUCUUGAUCGUCAGGUCGAUGGGUACGAUUCUCAUAUUUAUUUUGUUUUUAGAUGGGCGAAUUUGGAUAUUUUGAAGUGCGACUUGCAGGGCUCAUGCUCCUACGACUACAGGUUCAACACACUGUUGUCGCCCAAAAAUCAAGUCGGGCCCUUCAGAGGAGGGACUCAAUUGGUAAACUUGAACGAUUUAGUUACAGUCAAGGAUAACAAAGAGAUCUGGGUGGGGUUUGCCAGAGCACAUAUCGACGAUUGUGGAUGUGGGAGCUCAAUGUACAGACCCAAUUUGGUGGUGAUAGUGAAGGAGAGAAAGGAUUUGAGAAACCACUACAAGGUAACACAUAUAUCUUCUUCAUUAUCGUUCAACAUGUAUGUUCCAGGAUGGGACUUGUUGUAUCCAGAGAAUUCCUGCUUGCGAUCGAGUGUUUUGAUUCCAAAUGGUAUAUCGCAAUGGAUCACGCAUAAAGACUCUUCGGGUGCUUUAAUCGAUGAUUACUUAACUUUGACUUUAUCUGUCAGUGAUUACACCAUACACAGAGUAAAUGUUAAGGGCCUACUCAAAGAAUUGAUCAAUUGGGGAGUGUUGGAUUAUGAUGUGAUGGCAAGCACGCAUCAUGCUAAUGACAAUCUUGUCUGUGCCUUGCAAUCUUCGUUUGAAUUUUGUACCAGAUACGGUCUUGAACAUCAACUAAAGAAAAUUAAAACUCUUCCAAGAGACGCUGACGGGAUGGUGAUAGAUCCUAAGAAAGCGGAAUAUUUCAACUAUGCACAGAGAUACGGACUUCGAGGAGUGCCGUAA